AGAAUGGGAUGAGUAUGAUCGUUUAAGACGUAUAAAUUAUAAUUUAUAGGAUUUUUACCUGGUUAACUUUGAAAAAGUUAACUUGAAGUCUCCGAUUUAAAGGAGAUAUUUUGUCAUUAAUUGCUAGAUUUUGUAUAGUCCUACUAAUAAACAUGCAUAAGUUUAUUGUCAGUCCUUCACUUACCUGGCAUCCCAACAGAGUUUAUUGAGAAGUACCAUUUAAGUCGAGUGCAUCAUAUAGUCUACAUCAAAACUGUCUACUAAUCCUUUUUUUUCCAACAAGUAUAUUUUUUCUUUGACAUCAAUCAGUGACUGAAGAACACCUAGUAGUGCACUUUCAUGUUGAUCGUUCUUUUUGAGGGUUUUUUCAUUCAUUACUCUUAAUUACAAACACCUUAACCUUUUAAUAAUUAUUCUAUGUAUUAAUAUUGUAACUUGUUUAGAAUACCCUAUUAUCACCUUAAAACAGCUUAUAUCAAAUUAUUGAUCUACUUUUAAGAUAACUUUUUAUCAUUAUGUGUUCAGAACAAUCUAUUCAUGAUUUGCAUAAAAUUACUUGAGAUGCGUGGAUAUAUUUAUUGUCUAGUAUUAACCAAUUAAGUUGUCAUGUGCUGUAUGUAACUAUAAAUACAAAACACAAAAGGUUUGUAUGUACAAUGUUAUGUCUUAGAACUAUUGAUUAGUUUUUGUUUGCGACAUUUUCUUUGCUUGUAAAUGAUUAUUCCUAAAGAAAAUAGACAAAUCGAUUAGAUCGUAAUAUAUUUAUCGCCGGAUGGCAUUCCAUAGUAUUAACCGAAUGUUAAAAAAUGUUCUUCAUUGCUUUCAAAGCAAGUUGAUAUGUGCUACUCAUUUUCUGUUCUACAUGAGCGUGUUGUGUAAUGAACACAUCCUUAUUCUAACUAUGAGUGUGUUCCUAGGUUAAUAACUCUUAGGGUUCCCCUAUGAUGGCUAUCUAUCUGAAGCAGUCUUAGUUGACAGUAAUUGACCUUAGUUGCAAUAUUGCUGUAAACUAGAAAGCACCAGACAGUGUAACUACUAUUGGGCCAACCUUGAAUGAGUUUAUACUUCAAUUUUCAGUUAAAAAUCUUGUCUAUAAUCAGAAAUAUUUCGCUAGAAAAUUAAUGAAACCUGUCUGCGUAUACUAGUUUUAAUAGUAUUGUUGACAUUUCUAAAUGAUCUGAAUUCUUUUCAUGAGCGAAAUUCCCUAGUCAGCCAGAUCACUAUAACCAGGAUUAUAUUCCUACCAACAUGUAUGUUAUCUAGUAAAUGACUAAAUGGUUUGUCUACAUUUGUUAUAAACGAACGAAAAUAAACUCAAAGUUUUCAUCUAUGUACAUGUUACAUACAAUCUUCACAUGAAAGGCAAUCAUUCGCUUUGUUUUUGCUUUCACAUUGUCGUUUCCCCUUCAUAUAAAGAAAUAACUCCUUAUCAAUCAUAAGCGAUCUUCAGAUAUUUAUUCGAGAUAAAUAUCGUGAUCCUUUUUCAACUACAAGUAUUUCGCUACAGAAGUGUAAUAAAGUAAUUUACUUCAUCGGCGAUAUCCCACCAAAAAUGGUUCGUUUCUUUGCUCUAGUUUUCGUUCUCUGUCAACCUUUUGUGUACAUAAGCGUAUUGAUCAGAUAUUUGAUCUACGAUUCAAAUGUAAACAAACUGUGAUGCAUACAUAUGUGCAGAAAAUUGUGUAAUUUGUUAGUCUUGUUUCUACACUUCCUCUCUAUCUCAUAUGUGCACAGGUAUAAAAUGUGAAAUUAAAUUAAAUGCAUAGAUUUUUACGUAAAUCUUUUUUUGAAAUUGUUGUACUUCGUUGGAUAAAUUGGUCGUUGUUUAUCAUAUUGUCUCUUGCUCUAUGUGCAUUUACACGUCUACAUCAUUAAAUAUUCCGUUAUAUCAUCCAUUUAUUGUACAAUCCGAUUGAUUAUGUCUUUAUCAAGGUGAUUUGCAUAUUAGUUUAACAUGACCUUAAUUAUUUCAGCAUAUAUUUAGAUUUUACUUGAUAGUGAAGUCUGAAAAAACUCAUUUCACCCCGUUUGAAACUCGUCAACUGAAUGUCCUUGUAUCUUAAUUUUGACGUCAGCAUCAAGACUUCAAACCAUAACUUCUCUCUUUCAACGCCAAUGCAUUAUUCAUUGCUGACCAUAAAUUAGAGAUCAUAAAAAUAUAUGACUAAAUAAAAAUAAAGUCAAGACGUAUCGCUCCGAAUAUACCUAUACUAAUUAAGAUUGAUCGAUAGCAUUCCUUAAUAUGAGCAAUUAGAAAAUAUCAAUCCUCGCAUAUAGUCCUUUUAACAUUUAGUAUUAAACUGUACAGUAAAUUUAUUUAUUAACCACUUACUGAAUAAUUAGUGAUCUACAGUGUUUAGCAACGAAUUUAUGGGAUUUAAGAAGUCAAAAAGUUUCAUCUCUUAACAAUUCAUUGAUUCGAUUCAGCAAUUAGUAUUCAAACUGUUUUCGUAAUUUAAGACAAUAAUGAAGUCAUUUUAAUUUACAGAAUUCUCUUUCUCACCUUACUCGAUCAAAGGAAAACUGCAAAAAGUAACCGUUUCUCUAAUAAUUAUGUGAUACAAUUACCUGCUUAGGUUUGGGCACCUGAGCAGUAUCCCAGCGUAUAUCUGUUUGGUGCCUCUUCGUACCAAUGUUUGUGUUUAAAUAAAUAAAUGCAAUACAAUUGCUCUGUUGUUGUCAUCGUACAGAAAAAAUGUUUUACUGUGUUUAAUUCUACAGCUUAUUACCAGUGGGUCCCAUUUGUUCUCGGGUUGCAAUGUAUAUUUUUCUACAUUCCACAUAUUGCAUGGCAGGCUGUAUGCGCCCAUAGAUCCGGUGGAGAUUUGUUUGCUCUUGUGAAAGCCGCUGCUGACGCCGCAAUUUCUGAACGUGGUUCUCGUAAGAGCCAAGUUAAACGUGUGGCUGAAUUUUUGGAAGAUAUGAUUGAUGGUCAUAAGGAUUGUCGACAUGGUCGUCGUAUGAAUUUAACUAGACGUGCAUAUGACAUGUGUGGUAUAUGUGUUGUUAGUAAACGACUUGGAACAUGUCUGGUAUUUUCAUAUUUAUGUGUUAAACUCAUAACAAUUAUCAAUGCAAUUAUGCAAGUAUAUUUGAUUCAACGUUUUCUUGGUUUUUAUGCUGAUGGAAGCGCGGGACAGAAAAGUAUGCAAUUAGGGAAACCAUACGAAGCUAGCUCGGCAGUUGCAGCGAUGUCGAAUCAAGAAAAUGAAGAUUUAGACGGUUUCGGAUUCGGAUUAACUGUUGCCAACCAUAUACGUGCUGGACGUGAUUGGCCAGAGACAAUUCUAUUCCCACGUGUAGCUUAUUGUCGUGUCCCAGGUAUUCGUUUAGUCGGUGCUGAAAAUGCUUAUACGGCACAAUGUGCACUACCGAUAAAUAUGUUAAAUGAGAAAAUUUAUAUAUUUUUCUGGUUUUGGAUCUGUUUCCUUAUAGCUGCCAGUAUAUUUAGUUUAAUAUUAUGGUUAGUAAGAAUGAUUAUCGCACCAAGACGUAAAGAUUUUAUCAAACGUUUCUUACGUAUUAAAGGAAUACGUUCAAGAACUGGUCAGGAGAUUACACGUGCUGAUUUAGACGAAUUCAUUGAUGAUUACCUUCGCCGAGAUGGUGUAUUUUUAGUACGUAUGCUGGCCAUCAAUGCUGGUGAUGUGAUCACAUCUGAAAUUGUUAUGGCUUUAUAUGAACAUUACAUAGAUAAUGUUUAUUCAGUGGAUAAUACCCCACAGAAAAGUUUAGAGAAAGAACCAUUGAAAGAUGGAUCAGGUAUACCAUCAAAUUAUGUGUAAAGUUAUUCUUGUGUUCUCUCGUAAAUAUGUGUAUUUUUUAAUCCAUAACUAUUGCUCAUGAGUAUAUAGUUGCAUUAUAGCAGUAUUACAAACAAUAGUAAUAGUAUCUUACUAGGUAAAAGCUUAGCAUGGAGGUGUACAACACAAAACUGGUUUUUCCAGAUAUAACAAAUCUAUUUUUAAUUCUUGUUAUGGUUGUCGUUCGCACAGUUUAGAAUUUCUUACCACUUUUGUAAUGGUUUAAUUUUUAUAUCAACGAAACAGUACCACUUUUACGCCUACUAAUACUGAUUUCAAAUGCCUUACUUUUAUAAUGGGUUUUUUAGCUUUUAUUAUUAUUACUAUUACUAUUAGUAAUACUUUUAUCAACAAGUUUUUGAAUAGUAUGUACGUGAAGAUCUGGAUUUGAUUGACCUGUUUUAAAAUUGUGUCUAUUCCUUCUUUUUAUAACUAACUUUUAUACUACUAUUACCAUAUAGUACUGUUUUUAUUGUUUUUAUUAUGCUUACGAUUAAUUACUACUACUAUAUUAUUAUUAUUAUUAUUAUUAUUAUUAUUCGUAUCUACCUUCCUUUAAAAACAACAAUUUAAUUGUACCGAAAUGAUUGCGAUUCUGAAAAUUUUUUCUACACUUUUGUGACAAUUAAUGAAAAUAAAGGAAUCUGUUGGGGCUUA